CUUCCCUUUUAUUUUACUUGCAAAAGUCAAGUUAAGCAAUCGUUUGCAAAGUUUGCUGCAGCAAUAGCAUCUUUGCUUGUGCAACAAAAUGCAAUAGAGAAAUUAUCUAAUUGUUUGUUAGCAAAACCCGUUACUAAAGGUUUGUUAUCUAGUCAGCGUUCAAACUUUGUAGGCUGCUUGGAAAUACUACAGAAGUGGGCGGUGUUCCCAUGAUGAGAAAGUCAGCAAGAGAUUGAACGGUUGCUUGAUCCAUUUUUACAGCUGUAUACGACAGAGAAUGGCACGGGGAACUAAGGCUUAUUAAACCAGGCUGAGGACAGGUAGAAGACACCGAGACUCAAGCCGGGGAGGGAGGCGGAGCUCGGAACGGCCUGGAUACACUCCAAGGAGCCGCCGCCGCGCUCCGCCCUCAGCCUGGCGCCGGGCGGGCCCGGGGAGCUGGAGCGCCCUGCACGCCGGCCCCGGCAGCUGUUGCUGCACGGGCCCCGCCGCGCUGGGCCGCAGUUGCAGUUUAAAGCACACUGGCAGCCCCAUACUCAGACAAGAGAUAAACUUGAAUAUGACCUUACUCUUGAAUCUGACAGUGACAACGUGCACUAGUGCACGGCCUUCUGAGCAAAGCUGUGUGUUUAAAAUGGAAGUUGAUGUGAAUGGAGAGUCCAGAACUGCCCUCUCCACCCUCUCUGUGCCUCUUGCAGAGGUGAGUUCUGCAGCCAGGAUGGAAGCAGAAAAGCCACGCUGUUCCAGCACCCCCUGCUCACCACUGAGGCGGACAGUUGCAGGAUAUCAGAUCCUUCACAUGGAUUCUAACUACCUGGUUGGCUUCACAACUGGAGAGGAGCUGCUAAAAUUAGCCCAUAAGUGUAUUGGAAGUGAAGAGAGUAAAGGAGAAUCUGGUCCUAACUUGGGCUCCAAACAUCUUGAUUCAGGACUUUCACGUUCCUCACGUUUGUACAAAACUAGAAGUAGGUACUACCAGCCAUAUGAGAUCCCAGCAGUAAAUGGAAGGAGGAGGAGACGGAUGCCCAGCUCAGGGGAUAAAUACAAUAAAGCUUUACCAUAUGAACCUUACAAGGCACUUCAUGGUCCCCUUCCUCUCUGCCUUUUGAAAGGUAAAAGGGCUCAUUCAAAAUCCCUAGACUACCUCAAUUUAGACAAAAUGAGCAUUAAGGAACCUGCUGACACAGAAGUGCUACAGUACCAGCUCCAACACCUUACUCUUAGAGGGGAUCAUAUGUUUGCAAGGAAUAGCACAUGAGCUAUCAUCUCAAAUUUAGAAAUGAUUUCUGAUCUUUUGUCUGUUGCUGCAGAAACCCACUGUUGUACUGUAUACAUGACUGUCCACAUUGUAGGUGGUUUUAUCAGCUCAAGUGUUACUAGGAAGUAAUUUAUUUGAAUACAGUCUUGGCAAUGCAGUGUUCUACAAAUGCUUGGAGAGAGAAAUCUUUCCUGAUCAAGCAGAUUUGACUGCAACUAGUGUAUAUUUCUUUGGACACAUUUUAACAAAAAAAAAAGCUUUUGUUUUUUGGGAUUUUUUUUUUCUCUACUGCUUCUGUUUACACAACAGUAAUUCAACACUGAAAAAUUUGUGAUACCUGCUUGGUUGUUGCUAAUUUUGGCUUGAUAUUAGAAACUGCUCUUAAGUACCCAAGGAGGUUUUUUGGGUUUACUUUUUGUUUCUGUAGUAAAAUGUAUGCGUUUUUCUUACAGCAUGGACAGGAAAGUGAGCUUGACUGGAUGAAUCACUUGCUAUUUAAACAAUCCAAUUCAUACAUUUUGAGACUGCGCUUGUAGUGGUGAUGUGGGUGAGAUUCGUUCAUAAAAGAAACAUUUGCUACUUGAAUCCUAUUAAAUUAUUUUUUUAGUUUCUGCAUGGAAGUAAUUGCUUUGUCCAUUUUAUAUUAUGAAACAUGUUCAGAAUAAAUCUUUAAGUUAUUUAAAACAAA